GAGGUGCUCCCUAACGAGGAAGAAAAGCCCAUCCACCACCCUCACCCCACUUCGCCUGUUUGUGCGGAUGACAGGAUGGUGAGAGAGGAUGAGGAAGAGAAUCCACGGCAGGCAAGCUGUGAGGAGCCAAAACCCCAUGGGGCAUCAUCCAGAUGCUCCAGAGAAGACAUCGCAUCAAGCCUCCAGCAGGAAAAAGCCUCUGAGAGUCAGCACGGGGCAGAAAGGCAGCAGGGAAAGCAGCCAGGGAAGAAAGGGUGUCAAGUCAUUAGUUCUAGUAGAGGUGGAAAGGACAUCCGGGAAACCUCAAUGCAGCAGAGAACCCAUACAAGAGAAAAAAAAAACCCACCCACUGAAUGUGAGAAAAGAUUCAAUAUGAGCAAACGGAUUGGUAGAUCUCAGACCCCGCACCCGGGAGAGAAGCCCUAUAAAUGCCAGGAGUGCGGGAAGAGUUUCAAUCAGAGCUCCAACCUUAUUCUGCACCAACGAACGCACACGGGGGAGAGGCCCUACAAAUGCCUCGACUGUGGGAAAAGUUUCAAUCGGAGCUCGAGCCUUGUCGUGCAUCAGAGAAUCCACACAGGAGACAAACCCCACAAAUGCACCAAGUGCGGGAAGAGUUUCAUUCAGAGCUCCAACCUGACGACGCACCAGAAAAUCCACACGGGAGAAAAAAACUGUCAGUGCCCAGAGUGUGGGAAAAUGUUCAGCGACAACUCAGCCCUGAUUAAGCACCGAAGAAUCCAUUCGGGACAGAAACCCUAUAAAUGCCCAGAAUGUGGGAAAGGGUUUAGCGACAGCUCAACCUGUAUUCGACACCAGAGAACUCACACGGGAGAGAGACCCUACAAAUGCCUGGACUGUGGGAAAAGCUUCAAUCUGAGCUCCAACCUAGUUACGCACCGGAGAAUCCACACGGGGGAAAGACCCUAUAAAUGCCUCGACUGUGGGAGAAGCUUUAGUCAGAACUCGCAUCUGAUUAAACAUCAGAAAGUCCACACGAGGUUGAAAUCUUGAAUGUGGGAGUGGUUGCAGUCGGGGCUUUGGUUGGGUUUGGAUCAGCAAAUCCAUACAGGGAAGAAACUUCCUCAAUGUCCUGAGAAGGGAAAAUGUCAUGGG